CAAUUCAAUUGUUGGUAUUGUUACAAUCACAAGCAUGUUCAGGAUUUUAGUUACAAUCUUUAUGAUUGGAUUUCACUUCUCGGAAUCCAAGACCUGUGGGCAGACACAAUGUCAUGAUACGUUAGAGAUUCCGUAUUGCUGCAAUAAGACAGGAGGAAGUAUGGAGGAAGGGCAAUGCUGCUGCUCCAGAUCUCAGAGCACCUAUGUGGGCCACUGUUCUCAUCCAAUGUUGGCCUCAACAGGGCUACCGUGGUGGGGAGCAUACAUCGCCAUCAGUUCUUUGCUGGCCUGCGUUGGGCUUGGUUUGAUCCUCCAUAGGCGUGUCCGGGGGCGACAAUCCAAGGCAAAUGAAGAUGUUUAAAGAGGUCAAUAACACAUUCUGGAUAUGAAGAUUUAAAAACCAUGAAGUAUUUUGAUGGAACACAUUUAAUAGAGUUCAUGUUGAUUGAUACUUAGUCCAAUUAUGCCUAGUGGACUCUCCCAUCCUUCUAAAAUGGAUCAAUUUAUUUCCAAAAUUAGGGAUGUCUAAUAUAUAUAUUUCUAUAAUUAUAAUAUUUCUUACAGAAAUUCCUUUAAGCAAACAGCGUAGACCCUGAUGUGACGCUGCAUCAUGCGGCGUCUCAUCUGGGUCUACGCUGUUUACCAAUGCCUUUUUUCUAGACGCUAGGCAUACAUGGGUAAAAUUGCAUUUUCUAACGUUCUGUGUUGAAAAGAAUUGGUGUUUGAAAUUGGUUUAACGAAAUGAAA